AUAUAUAAUUUUAAGUUACAUAAUUACAAAAAAUUCUCAAUUAAUAAAGUAAUUACACAAAUCUCAUAAUAAUUACAAAAAUUCCUUUAUUGGAUAUUUUCUCUCUUAUUAACAUUAUACAUGUAACAACCGGUUUCAUCCUUUCAUCUUUUACUCCCUUAUGCUCUCAUUAUCAAGCCGUUAUUUACUCCAUUUUUAAAACCCCUCUUUUUACGGCAUACUUGAAGUAAAAUCUACUUGUGGUUAUCAAAUUGUAAGUUAUUCAACAGUUAAUAAUUUUAAUAUUGUACUUCAUUAAUUUUUUUGAUUUUUUUUGUUCAACUUUUUCAAAUCAGGGGUUUUCCGUUUUUUAUUUUUGCAUGUUCAAAUUAUAGUAUUGUUCAAGCUUAUUCAAGUUAAGUAGUUCGUCUUUUCGUUAUUUUUCAUAUGGUAUAAGUUAGAUCUGAGAUUUUCUUGUUUUUAGUUCGAUUUUCAAUACUGUUAACUUAAAAUAGUGUUAUUUGGUAAUGGAUAAUCCUCUAAGUUUUAGUUUAGGAAUUACUCAGUUAGAUGCAACUGUACAAGAUAUUCCACUUGGAUUUGUUCUUGCUACAUUUGAUGAACAGGAUCCUGAUUGGGCAGAGAAUUGAUCAAAGCACAGACACGACCCCGUUACAAUGAAGAAAUUGACGGAUAAGAUUGCUUCUAAAUCGAAGAAGUUUACUUCAAAAACAAGUAAAAAGAAAUUUGAUGAUUCCGGCCGACCACGUCUGCCGAAGGGCAUGAAAUACCGAAUUGAUAAAGUCCCACCACACCCAUUGCAUAUGGGGAGCUUAUGUAACUGUGCUUUCGGGGAAGAGAUAAAGGAAUAUUUUGGAGAGAAUGUACUGAGAGCAUUUAGAAAUACGAUUUUUGGCAUAUUUAUAGAUUUGCCACGGUGCAACUGGAUAGGACAGACUUCAAAAUGCCUACUUAUGCUUGAAAUUCAACAGGAUAACAAAGACGAGCUUCAUGUUUGGGUACAAGGGGAAAUCCUCAAAUUCACAAUGCUUGAAUUCGCCAUUAUAAGUGGUCUGAAGUGUACCGGUAAUAUUGAUGAUUAUAUGUAUACUUCAUCAUCUAAAUUAGCGUUGAUGUCGAGGUAUUUUUCCGACAAUAAAGGAGCAAUAACUCGUUCAAAACUGAUAACACGGGUGCAGAAUGAAAACUUUGAUAACGCUGAAGAUGCUCUGAACCUGGCGAUAUUGUUCUUUGUUCAUACAUUCAUGUUUUCUCAGCAUAAGGAAGCACCAAUUAGUGUUGCGCACUUUCAAAUUGUUGAGGACGGUCGGUACAUUCACUUUCCAUGGGAGAAGGUCACAUUUGAAAAGUUAAUGAGUUCCUAGCAGCAGGAUUUCAGCACUGUGAAACAGUUCUAUUCAUUGGGUGGAAUGCCGCACGUUCUAAAUAUUUGGAUGUUUGAGUGCUGCUCCGAAGUAGAAUCAAAAACUGUUGUCCGUCAGAGAAACUCUAUUCCUUGUCACGACCCAAUUUCUCAAAUCGUGAUGGCGUCUACCUUAUCCCACCAGUAGGCAAGUCAAACCAUAGUUCGGAAUGGUAGGUAAUGGGCUAUUAGGCAGAGACAAAAUAAAAGAUCUCGUAUGAUAAUAACAACCUCAAUAAUAAGUGAAAACUAAGAAGAAAACAUAUGUAUUAUAUCAAAACGAGAGGAGGAAAAAGGACCAGCUAUACAAA